AUGAAGUAUUUAAUAAUAAUAACUUCUCCCCCCCCCCGAACAGGCGUCCCGUCUGCUCCCGGUAAGGUCGUCGCCACCAGGAACACCAAAUCGUCUGUGUUUGUUCAGUGGGAGGCUCCCAAACUGCUGAAGAACCUGAUGGGGUACUACAUCGACGGACGCAUCGCCGGAUCCAAGGAGUGGUUCCCCUGCAACCACAAACCCUUCAAACACACCAGGUUUGUGGUCCACGGUCUGAUCCCAGGAGAGAGCUACACGUUCCGCGUCCAGGCUGUCAACGUGUACGGCCUCAGCGAGGAGUCUCAGGAGUCGUCUCCCAUCGCCGUGGAGCCGGCCCUCGCGACUCCCAGCGCUCCCGGCAUCACCAUGCUGAGCUGCGACGGCUCCUCCAUGACCUUGGCCUGGAAGAAACCCAAACACUGCGGCGGCUCCAAGGUCAGCGCCUACUACAUCGACAAGAGAGAUGCCGACUCUCGCAUGAAGGAGGUCAACCUGGCGGCCGUCACGGAGAGAAUCUGCACCGUCGACAGUCUGACGGAGGGAGUCUUCUACGAGUUCACAGUCCAGGCCGCUAACAUGGCCGGCGUCGGCGUGCCCUCGGCUCCCAGCGCCCCGAUGAAGUGUGAAUCUUGGACCAUGGAAGAGCCAGGUCCAGCCUACGACCUGAGCUUCAGCGAGGUCCGGAGUCAGUCCCUGGUCCUCCUGUGGAAGGCUCCGGUCUACAUCGGAGGCGCUGCCGUCACUGGAUAUUUGGUGGACAUGGCUAAGAAGGGCUCGUCCGAGUUCGUUACUCUGACUCAGGAGGCCGUGAGCCACCGUUACCUGCAGGUGAGCGGUCUGCAGGAAGGUGAAACCUACGUGUUCAGAGUUCGUUCUGUCAACGCUGUAGGAGUCGGGAAACCUUCCCAGCUGUCUGAGCCGGUCUGUGCCAGAGCUCUUCCAGGCACUGAGGAGAUCGUGGCCAGCGUGGACGAGGAGACCGGAGACAUCUUCCUGUCUCUGGAGGCCUGCGAGAUCUGCGAGACGUCCAAGUUCGUGUGGUCCAAGAACUACAAAGCCAUCGCCGACUGCCCCAGGGUCACCGCCACCGCCAAGGGCAGAACCUCCAGACUGACUUUCACCAACCCCGAUAAAGACGAUCUGGGCAGAUACUCCGUGGUCGUCACGGACACAGACGGAGUGUCUGCCAGCCACACUCUGACGGAGGACGCCCUGAACACGAUGCUGGAGCUCAGCUACGCCAUCAGACAUCCCAUCGUUCCUCUGAAACACGGUCUGAACUACGAGAUCUUGGAGAAGGGUCACGUGCGCUUCUGGCUGCAGGCCGUCAAACUGUCUCCGUCCGUCUCCUACCGGUUCAUCGUUAACGACAAGGAGGUCAAAACCGGGGAGGGCAUCAAGAUCAGCCACGACGUGGCGACGGGAGUCAUCCAGAUGACGGUGGAUACUUUCACCAGAGCCAACGAGGGAACUUACACCGUUCAGAUCCACGACGGCAAGGCCAAGACCCAGAGCUCCCUGGUCCUGGUGGGAGACGUGUUCAAAGUUGCUCUGAAGGAGGCCGAGUUUCAGAGGAAAGAGCACAUCAGGAAGCAAGGUCCUCAUUUCUCUGAGUAUCUGUACUUCACCGUCACCGAGGACUGCACCGUCCUGCUGGCCUGCAAGGUGGCCAAUGUGAAGAAGGAGACGUCCUUCCACUGGUACAAAGAGGACGAUGAGAUUGUUCCAGAGACUCCUCCUAAUGUCCUGUCUGGAGCCUGCGCUCUGCCCAUCCCUCUGUUCUCCAGAAAGGAUCAGGGCGUCUUCAAGGCCGUCCUCGGGGACGACAGAGGAAAGGACACAUCUACGUUUGACAUCUCAGGCACAGUGUUUGAUGACAUCAUCAAUGCCCUCGCCCAGAAUGCUGGUGCGUCUGCGUCUGAGCUGGUGCUGCAGUGUACACCAGAGGGCAUCCGGCUGCAGUGCUACAUGAACUACUACACGGAGGAGAUGAAGACCGUCUGGAAGCACAAGGAGAGUAAGAUCGCGUCCUCUGAGAAGAUGAGGAUCGGAGGAACGGCGGAGAUGGCCUGGAUGCAGAUCUGUGAUCCGUCUGACAAGGAGAAGGGAAACUACUCCAUCGAGAUCUCAGACGGCGUUCAGACCCACGCCAGAACCUUCGACCUCUCCGGACAAGCGUACACCGACGCCUACGAGGAGUACCUGAGACUGAAGGCGGCCGCAUUUGCUGAGAAGAACCGCGGCAGAGUGGUCGGUGGUCUGCCUGACGUGGUCACUAUUAUGGAGGAGAAGUCUCUGAGCCUGACCUGCACCGUGUGGGGCGAGCCGACCCCCGAGGUCUCCUGGUUCAAGAACGAGCAGGAAGUCGCCUCCACCCCGCACACCAAGGUCACGUUUGAGGGCGGCAAGUUCGCCAGCCUGGUCAUCAACACGGUCACUCCUGACGACUCCGGCAAGUACAGCAUCAACGUCCGGAACAAGUACGGCGGCGAGUUCGUGGAGAUCACCGUCAGCGUCUACAAGCACGGCGAGAAGAUCCCCGAGCCCAAACUGGGACAGCCCAAAACGCCCGCCGCCACGCCAGCGUCCACGCCCGUGCCGCCGAGGUCCCCGGCUCCCCCCUCCAAGACCCCGACCCCGACCCCCUCUAAGUCCCAGACCCCGGCGUCCAUGAAGAGCCCGACUCCGGCCUCGACCCCGGCUUCCACCCCGGUCCCCAAAUCUCCCACCCCGACCCCAAAGUCUCCGACUCCAUCCCGCGGCGCCAAGUCGCCCACCCCGCCCAGGUUCAUGAAGUCUCCGACCCCACCGAGGAAGUAAACGGCGGUGGUGACGUCUAACGGGGGAAACGUUUGCUGAUUUAUAGCAUGAGUGUGAAACCCUGAGGUGUUAGAGUUCAUGUAGACGUAGCCGCUGAUAGAAGUCUGAGAAUUUCUGGACGACCGCUGACUUAAAGAACGGGUUCUAACUAAUGAGAAGGUUCUAACCAGGUAGAAGGUUCUAACUAGGUAGAAGGUUCUAACCAGGUAGAAGGUUCUAACUAGUUAGAAGGUUCUAACCAUUUAGAAGGUUCUAACUAGUUAGAAGGUUCUUUCCAGGUAGAAGGUUCUAACCGGUUAGAAGGUUCUAACCAGUUAGAAGGUUCUAACCAGUUCUAGUGUUCUCUAUCAUCUCUGAGAACUAGUUCCAGGAUAUAUCCAGAUAUAACAGACAGACUUUACAGCGGCUACCAGCGUACAGUAGAUUUCCUUUCAGUUUCAUAUCGCUGUGCUUUUAACAGGCAGGAAAACUAAGAAAAAGAAUAAAAAAACAACAGGGUAGAUGUUUAAAUGUUUUAAAAGCUGCACCUUCCACUUCUCAGUGGAACGCCUGUAUACUUUAUGUUUGUGGAUGUUAAAGGAGAAUUCCUGUUUUAUUACAACUUGGGUCAUAAUCACGUCAUUUCAGUGACGUCACUACAAAGACAGUCAGACGGGUUGUAGUUGGGUUCACAACCCGUUCUCACUCCCGACUCUUCAAAUACCACCGUCCGGUCGGCGCCCCUCAGCAUCGGAAACAGACCCUUUAGCAACAGUACGAGAUGAGCCGGGCUUUCAACUAACUCCAGACUAAACCCCCCCCGCGGCGUUCUUCCACGCUCGGAGCAGCGGCGUACAGUAUUAAUAGCGUGACAGUCGUUCAGGGUGGAAGGGGAGCGGCGGUGGACGAGUCAAACAAACACAAGACUUUCCACCAGGAGACCACCGUUCGUGUCCCGCGUGAAACUAAAAGUAACGUUGACUUAUUUAGUCACGUGACUCGUCGGUAUCGUCAGCCCCGUGAGUCAUGUGACUCGUUAGUCAGUGAAGUCAACGUCAACCACCACCGUUUCCUAACCCUACCUAAGUGGUUGUGUUGCCUGAAUCUGGUGAGUACAUCUGGUAAGUUAUCAUAACCAGUUAAAACGACGACCAGAUCUCCGGAAAUCAGACCACAGUUGUUAUAAAGUGGAAUUGUCCUUUAAAGAUGGUGAGCUGGGAGCGGGCAGGGAUGGAGCCGGGUCAUGUGGUCGGGACCUGGGACGGAGAUUAACACCACAUUAUUUAGUCUUUCUUUCUCUGGGGUGAUGAUGUCUUCCUCCUUUAGGAACCGAUCCUUUAGUCCCAGGUAGCUUUCAUCAGUUAGUGAUCCUGUGAAUAAUGAAUAUUCACUUCCUGACCCGAGAGGUCGGUCUGUCUGCGACAUGUUGUGUUUCCCCCCCGAUGCUUUGUGAUGGCAAUAAACGUAUGAACCUCCUCCUGA